CGUAAACAUAGUUAAAAUCGAAUUAGACAGAAGGUGUUUAAACUUGCAACUUGUAAGCUGGGGGUUGGGGUUAAGGUUAAAUCAAAAUCAAGAGAUCAACGCAACAGCAACACAAGUCUUCCUGUCCAAACACAAACAUGGUCUGCCUGUUCUGUCUUUUGCCUCUUUUUCUGUUGCCAAUCGUUAACAUUUUACCUCUCUUAUUCGAUCGCAUCAUGGUUAAGGUAUACAGGUUGUUUGGAUGGGAUUAUAGGAGGCCAGAAAGGGCGCCACCGGCUUGUCCUUACAAGCCGCCAGCUAACAAGAUUAAUGAUACUGCUGCUGGGGAGCCUGAUCCUGUUGUCCCAGAGCAUGUCCAAAAACAUACGGGGGUCAAUGACCACAAGCUUGAUUGAAGUUGACUGAUCUUUACUUGAAACAUCAAGUGUUCACUUGUUCUGAUUUAUUUUGUUGUGACAACACUGGUUUUCUUAUUAGGAGGUUUGGUAAAUAAGUAACUGAAACUUUCAGAUUAUUGUGUUCAAACAACAGAUUUACAUAUAUUUAUUAAAUUUUAAUUCUA